CCCACUUCCCCCACUCUCACUCGCACCCAACCAACGCAUUAAAUCCUCCUCAAGAUACUCCUCCUCCUCCUCCUCCUCCUUCUCUCUCUCUCUCUCUCUCUCUCUCUCUCUCUCUCUCUCUCUCUGUGUCAAAAUUCUUCCAAAAUUUUCAAGAAACCCCCUCCAGGAAAGACGGAAACAGGAGAAAGGACGGAGACCGACACGGCCGAAAUGGAACCAAGUAGUGUAACCAAGCGGCUGUGGCACAUCAUACGGGUGGCGUACUACAUGCUCCGCAAGGGCAUCUCCAAGCGCAAGCUCGCGCUGGACCUCCACCUCCUCCUCCACCGCGGCAAGAUCGCCGGAAAAGCCCUCGGCGACCUCUUGAACUUCCACCACCACCACCACCAUGGGGCCGCCCCUUCCUCCCCGGGGUUCUCUCGGCGGUCCAUGGAUCCCACCCUCCCCUUCUACGACACCCGGGAGGUGGAGUUCAGCUGCAGCAACACCCCCGCCGCCUACCCCGCCAAGCUUUUCCGGAAGAACCGCCACCGCCACGACUACUCAAACUACGAUGUCGCCGCCAUCGCGAAGGCCUUUGAGAUCCUCAACUCCGAGGUCUCUGAUACCGAGUCGGUGAUGGCAACGCCAUCACCUGCCCCCAUUUUGAGCAGCUUCUUGAGGAGUCCCGCGGUGGUGCGGCAGCUGAGGAUAACCGACUCCCCCUUCCCCAUAAUGGAGGAGGACGGGGUAGCCGACGGCCACGUCGACCGGGCGGCGGAGGAGUUCAUUAAAAGGUUCUACGAGCAGCUCCGGCUCCAGCAAAGUGUGGCGGCCACACCAGACUAUACGUGCCGCCGCGAGCCACUGGUCGGCCGGGCUUGAGAUGGCCCAUCCAUGGUUAGUUCAGCUGUUCCGCCUCAAUAAAUGUAUGAGAGUGCACUGUAAAAAAAAUCUACGCCAUUUACUUGGCUCCGCUUUCCAGUAGCUUUGGUUGUUGGUGGAGGGUGUGGGAGGUGGAGUUUGUCGAUGAGUCUUCAGUGUUGGGCCCGGGGGUUCAGCACUUCACUUGCACUUUGUUUUCUUCAGAGGCUUCAUAUGAUGAACCCCUACUUGCAUGCUUAUUUUAAGAGUUAUUUUGUGCUGGUCCUUUCUUCUUUUUUUUAAGUGAAUGUAUUUUGUGCUGGUUAAGUAUCUCUAUUUUUUAAA